CAAUUCGAGAUCUGACAUUUCGGGAAGGACGAUGUCAAAGGUGCCACCAGUUCCACCGGUUGUUUUCCCCGGCGGUUCUCCGGCGGGACCAAAUUUCCAACAACGCCGAGCUCCGACAGCUCCUUACCAACAACCACGUCCUUCCUCCGCUUCAUCCUCAAUCCCAUUCAUGUCGUUUGACGCCGCAUCCGCCGCCGCGUCAAUGCCUGCUGGACCAUUCGGCGGGACGAUCGCUUCUUCUUCGUCUUUUGGUGGCGGCUCUGCUUCGUUUGAAGAUGAGGAGCCUUUACUCGACGAGCUCGGUAUUCAUCCAGAUCAAAUCUGGAGGAAGACUAGAUCGAUUCUUAAUCCCUUUCGGAUUAAUCAGACUGUUCACAAGGAUUCAGAUCUCUCUGGUCCGAUCUUCUUGUACCUUGCGCUUUGCCUAUUUCAAUUGCUCGGUGGGAAGAUUCAGUUUGGUGUUAUACUUGGCUGGGUCGUUGUUUCCUCUAUCUUCUUGUACAUUGUCUUCAAUAUGCUUGCUGGUCGAAAUGGGAAUCUGAAUCUUCAUACUUGUACGAGCUUAGUUGGUUACUCUCUGCUUCCCGUUGUGAUUUUGUCGGCGGUGUCAUUGUUCGUGCCACAAGGUGCAGGUCCGGUUCGGUUUGUGCUCGCGGCGGCGUUUGUUAUGUGGGCUACUAGAGCUUGCUCUAAUCUGGUGGUCUCUCUUGCUGACGGUGGAGAAGAGCACCGUGGUUUGAUUUCGUACGCAUGUUUCUUGAUCUAUACUCUGUUUUCACUUCUCGUUAUCUUUUGAUUCCUUGCCUUCGAAAUAUUGAUAGAUUGUUCAUCUCUCCGGUGCCACUACUGAGUAGCUUAAUGUUGAAAUCUUAAAAGUGUUUGUGGUGAAAUAGAGCUGAUACAUUGUAAAGGUUCUUUUUGAUAACUUUAGAGGAAGUUACUGUCGAUGUGGUUUAAGUCAUAUGAUUCGAUGCUCUUCUUAUAUCUCUUUUAUGCUCUAUUCAUCAUCCUUUUGUAGUUCUCUAUGAAA